UGUUUGUUUACAAUUUGUGCCGACAGAAACCCGAGGGUUAAACACCGCCAACCGCUGCCUGCCCCAAGCUUUUACGCACGACUUGCCAGUGCGUGCCAUCUUUCAAGUCAGCGUCGUGCCAAAUUGCUCUGACGCACGGGGGAAAAAAAGCAAAAAUUACGGCUAAAACAGAGUUGUUGUCGUUUUUUCCCCUCUUUUGCGCUUUAUUUUAAAGAAAGGGAUGGGAGGUGUCCGGAUCUUUGUUGCAUUCGUUUGUAGAAAAAGGUGCUUCACCUCCCUCCUGCCAGUCCUGCAUGGUCAUGACCUGUCAUAGCGCCCCUUCCACAGCUCGCCUUAUCCUAUUGGUCCUGCUCAUUGUCACUCCACAGCUGGCUGGCUCCGCCCCGGCGUGGGGCGAGCAAGGGGAGGGAGGGCUGCAGGGGCGCACACGGACAGACCACAAAGAGGACAGUCUGGCCCCCUUCCUCUCGCCCCCCCAGCCCCAGAUUUUCCCUGGCACAGACGAUGCAUCGCGAGACCAGGGUCACGGUCCGGGUCAAGAUAACCAAUUAGAUAAAGUGAGUGACCCUGAGCAGGUGCUUGCUGUUCUUUUGGAAUCCCUGGACCACCCAGGGGAUGGCGAAACCCUCACCAGCAGAACCAGAGAGUGGGAGGAGGAGGAUCAGAGUCGGAAGCUGCCCUCCGCUGAAGGCGUGCAGGGUGGUGAGAUAAGAGAAGCAGAGCAGACAGAGGGGGAGAGGGGGAGGGCGGAGGACAAUGAGAAACAAGCGGCUGAUAAGGCAAUUGAAGAGGUGAUUUUAGGCCAUUUGGCAGUUGUUCAGGGGGAUGAAAUGAAGCAAAAGGAGGAAGAGGAGGCUAAAAGCACAACAUCAAGGGAGGAUCAAAGUGCAACCGAGGAAGAAAGGAACAAUGAAGAGGAGCAAGAGGAGAAAAAUACUUUAGAAAAGCUCAUAGACAAAGCCAAAACUGCAUCCACCUCAGAGGGGGAUGAGCCCUCGUUGGAGCGCAAAAUCCGAGGCUACUUCCAAAAUAUAGACUUGGGUCUGCAAGACAAUGAGAUCCUGCCUCCUUUGAAGGGCUACAAGGCGUACAACACUCAGCUCGCGCGAGCUGGCAAGAAGCAGCACUGGCAGGACAACGCGUCCAGCAACAGAGCCGUCAAGGGGGGCAACUUCAUGGAUGACUUCGACGAGGGAGGCGAGGAGCUCGAGGAGGAGGUCGAGGAGGAGGAGAGCCUCACCCACAUGGAAGAAGAGGCGAGGGCCCGCGCGGAGAAGCAGGAGAUUCUCCGGCAGCAGGAGGAGGCGGAGAGAGCCAGGGAGGAAGAGCAGAGGCUGGCGGACAUCGCCUCCGACAUGCUGCUGCAGUACAUGGGCAGGAAGCAGCAAUCCUUCAUGAAGCCGCGGCAGAAGAGCAGCAACACCGCCGAGGACAAGAGGUCCGAGGAGGUCCUCCCCGAUGAAGACGACCUGGACCAGCAGAUGAUUGACAGGCUGAUCGAGAUCAGCAGCAAGCUUCACCUGCCCGCCGACGACGUCAUCGAGAUCAUAAGCGAUGUGGAGGAGAAGAAGAAGAAGAGGAAAGAGCUGCAGCAGCAGCCGAUCAACAGCAGCCCAGUCAUUCCUCGCUUCCGGCCUCUGGUGCCUCCACCUCUUGCCACCCCGCCCAUUUACCACUACACAGCCUCAAAAAAUCCCAAGAAAGCUCCUUACAAGCACAAUAAAUCCAACAAGAAAUGGCACAAGGACAAAGUCAAAUCAUACAAGCAGGACUAUUGGUAUAAGCCGCAGAAGCAGCUUGACUACUGGUAUAAACCUCAGAAACAGUUUUUAGCCUUCCCCUCCUAUCCCUACUACCAAAAGCCAUAUCGAGCCUACUAUCCAGUUUAUUUCCCAUACCCUAAAGCCCAGUACUACGGCAAGUCCUCCCCCUCCCGAGACCAGCCUUUCGGCCCGCAGGAACUUGAUCUCCAGCCCCCGAGGCGCAGGCACAGGGGUGGGGGUAAGAACCGGGCCGGACAGGGCUGGAGGCAGCAGCCGCCACCACGCCUGCCUCUCACACCUUAUAUCUCUAACUAUAUCCUUCCUCACCCACGGACCUACCAGCCUCUGCCCCCUCCCAAACCGGUGAUCGCCCCCAGGAGGGGCAGACGACCACCGUACUACUACCCACAGGUCACCCCGGGAGAUGACUAUGAGGAAGAUGGGCUGGUGCCUCAGCUGGACAGUGAGGAGGAGCUGGAGAACUUUAUCGAGAGGAUCUACAUGAAGCGCAGAAUGUACUGAGGGACUCUUUCGGACACUUGUCAGAUCAGAGAGACUGAAGGAGGGCUGGGUUUGCAGAAAACUAAGCCGAAAGAAAAGUUAAAACAGAGGUGGAACGAGGGACUGAGAGAAGAUUUGUUUUGAGCCUGUGGUCAUUUUAAAGAGCAGGGAAGUAAGGGGGGAAAAAAAGUUAGCUUUCUGUUGUUCUUCACUGUAAUUUUCCUAUUUUUUAAGUCAGGGAGAGGAUGAAAAAGUCCCUCUUUAAACUCCCUGUAACCAUGUUCAGCCUCUUGAUGGGUUUACAUUUUAAACCAGAACAUACUGCAGUGUAUGUCUGCCUCCAUUCAGGUCAAUCUCUGAUGCUCAUGCACACCUUAAAAAAUAUGUUUACAACAUCACUUUGUAUCCUUUGUUGUAUAUUUUUGUCACAUUACAAAGGAAAAGCAGAUCAACAACUUCUUGGCUAUAUAUAAAAAAAAUGAAAUUGAAAGUAUAUUUUUGUUGUAUUUGAUGUGUUAAGAUGCCUUUCUUGUGCCAGAUUGGAUUCAUUUUAAACACACGUUUCAGUUCAAAUUCAAGAUUUAGAUUAUUUGCCUUACCAGUAUCAUGGUUCUAUAAGGGAAAUUUCACUUUGUAUAUGACUUUCAUCACAAGUGAUCCCGUUGUAGAUACCCUGUGGACUCCAAAAGCACAAACUUAAACGGUAAAAACUUCCAACAUGGUGGACCAGGGGUGUUUAACUAUUCUGGGAUCCAGUUUUUUCUUUUUUUUUAGUGUGUGUCAACACACGUGGUAGUUUUACGUAUGCCUUAAAUUUUAUGUUGUUGUUGUUGUUCAUCAUCCGACGCCCUUUUCAGUUUUUGUUUCUUCAACAUCCCUGGAUUUCCUUUUUUUCUUUUUCUUAAAAAAAAAAAUACUUGAAAUCACACUCUGUGUUUUGCAGCCUUUUAUUACAGAUGUUUCCACCAAGAGGCUACAAGCAUUUUGUUGAUUUUUUUCAGGAGAUAUUCAUUGAAAAGCUUCAGUCCAGGGAGUCAGGGAUUGUGCGUAAGCCGUUAAAUGCACGUCUUUCUACUUGCAUCUUAAAAAAUGAACAAAAAAAAAGGAACAAAAAAAGAGGAAAAAAAUAAAACAGUAUGGAGAACGCAAAAGUGGUUGUUUUCUCUGAAUAAACUGUGAACCUAAAAAAAAAAAAUGAAGAAAAAUCAAAGGAAAGAGGGCCGCUGUAUGCACAGUGAAGCCAUCUGUCUUGUAAAAGGAGAGUGUUGUUGUUGAUGUCACCUUUAGCAUUGUAAGAUGUACAGUGUGAAAUAAAUUUGCCCGUGCAAUGUGUAAAUAACAGCAUGAUGAUUACUAGUUUUGCUAUAUGAUAAAAAAAAAAUAAAAGCAAUUAUUUUAUUAAA